UUUAACACGUCUUGGAUCUGCCUCGUGUAUAAUGUAGCGUUCUGUAGCGGACCCCGCCCCUUAUUUAAUUACUAAAUAGUUUCGCUGCGGGGUUGCUAUAGUGACGGCCGGUGACUCCGCCCACACUCGGCUGGUCGCGUUUGCGUGGCGUUGUUUGAUUCGUCCUCGAUCUGCGCGAGUCUCUCAUUUGCGAAGUUGGAUCCGGAUCGCGGAGUUUGUCCUUCAUUCUGCGCGCGAUGUCCAGAAGAAGCUCGCUGCUAGUGCCGAUGAAGAGCAUCGAGCGGGAGCUGAUCUGCCCCAUCUGUGAGGAGCUCUUCACACAGCCGCUGGUGCUGCCCUGCCAGCACAGUGUGUGCCACCGCUGCGUCCGAGAGCUGCUCAUGCCCAACCACGACGACUCUCUGAGCACCGACGCCGGAUCCGAGAGCUCCAACCCCGGCAGCCCUCGCGCCAGAGUCCCGUCCCCCAGCACGGAGAAGCUGGAGCGCCUGGUGCGAUCAGCCUCGCUGAGGAGGUCGUUUGGAGCGAGAGAUCAGUGGGCUGCUGUUGUGCUGUGUUCAAGAGUCAGCAUGCUCUUCAGGAACUUCACUCUGGAGAGCAUCGUGGAGCGCUACCGUCAGGCGGCCCGCGCGGCCGUGGCCAUCAUGUGCAACGCCUGCAAGCCGCCCGUUCAGGAGGCCACCAAGAGCUGCAUGGACUGCAAGGCCAGCUUCUGCAACGAGUGCUUCAAGAUGAACCACCCCUGGGGAACGCCCAGAGCCCAGCACGAGUAUGUGGGACCCACCACCAACUUCAGACCGAAGGUGCUCAUGUGUCACGAGCACGAGAUGGAGAAGGUCAACAUGUACUGUGAGGUGUGCCGGCGUCCCGUGUGUCAUCUGUGCAAGCUCGGCGGAUCUCACGCUAAUCACAGAGUCACUUCAAUGAGCAGCGCCUACAAGAUCCUGAAGGAGAAGCUAUCGAAGAGUAUCCAUUACUUAAUUAGUAAAGAAGACCAAGUGAGGACUCAGAUUUCUGAGCUGGAGGAGAUGAUGCGUCACACAGAGGAGAACGGGCAGCUCGCCGAGAGACGCGCCAGCGAACACUUCGAGCGUCUGCUGGAGACGCUUCAGGAGCGGAGGACGGAGAUGCUGCGCUCCAUCGAGCAGAGCCGGAGUCUGCGGGUGGAGCGUCUGCGGGCGCAGGUGGAGGAGUACCAGGGCAUGCUGGAGAACAGCGGCCUUGUGGGAUAUGCUCAGGAGGUGCUGAAGGAGACGGAUCAGUCCUGCUUCGUCCAGACGGCCAAACUGCUGCACGUCAGGAUUCAGAAAGCCACCGAGUCUCUGAAGAUGUUCCAGCCGGCGGCGACGCAGUCGUUUGAGGAGUUUGUGCUGGACACGUCGAAGGAGGAGCUCUUACUGAAGGAGCUGAGCUUCAGCGGCGUUCCUGCGCCUCCAGUGAUCGAUCUCUCUCGCUGCCGCGUUUAUAACGAGGGUCUGAUCCACUGGCGUCUGUCUGAAGACACUCUGCCCACCGAUCAUCACAUUGUGGAGUUCAGGAAGCUGGGAUCUGAGGAGGAGCAGGAGUCCGGCUGGAGCGCGAGCGAGCCUGUGUUCGGCUGCAGCACAGUGCUGUCUGACCUCAGCGCAGACUCCAGCUACACCUUCAGAGUCAAGAGCUGCAGGAACAGAGUCUACAGCCCCAGCAGCCCCGAGGUGACCCUCCACACGCCUCCAGCACCGGUGUUUGGCUUCCUGUUUAACGAGAAGUGUGGGUUCAGUGCGGAGCGGCUGCAGCUGAGCAAACGCAGGGACUCUGUGGAGAGCGUGGCGGGGAUGAGCUUGCUCUUAGCUGCGGAGCGCGUGCAGACGGGGAGCUACAUCUGUCUCGACUACAUCAUCGGUGACACAGGCAUCUCUCACGGACGCCAUUACUGGGCUUUCCGUGUGCAGCCUGAUUCAUACAUGAUCAAAGUGGGAGUGGCUUCUGACUCCAAACUAACAGAGUGGUUUCACAACCCACGAGACACCAGCAGCCCCCGGUACGACCAUGACAGCGGUCACGACAGCGGCAGCGAAGACGCCUGUUUCGAGGUUUCUCAGCCCUUCACGCUGCUCACCGUGGGCAUGGGCCGGCUCUUCAUCCCCAAAGCGUCCGCCAGCGCCGCAGGAGAUCACAGCAGCCGAGUCCUGCCCAUGCCGCAGAGGAUCGGAGUCUGUCUGGACUAUGACGCCGCUCGCGUGUUCUUCUACGACGCAGACACCAUGCGCUGUGUGUACGAGCGACCGGUGGACUGCUCCGGCACCAUGUUCCCUGCGUUCGGGCUCCUGGGCGGCGGCGCGGUUCAUCUGGAGGAGUUCAUCACGGCCAAGCGGCUCUCGUACCUGUGAGGUGUCCGCUAGCUCUGCUAACUCCGUCUCGUUCUCUUGAGUUCCUCGUAACGGUAGAUCGUCGUGUGGGUCGGCCGGUGGCGUGUCGCUGUCCUAAUAUACAAGUCAGUCUGGUUUAAGAGCCAAAGCCCGUCUGGAGUGCCUUCAGUGACAUCAGUCGAUCAGGAUUUUAACAGACCAUCAGGGUUCACGCAGGGCACCUUAAUACACUGAAAUCUAAUGCAAAGCCUCACGUCACUUUCUGAAGAAUGUGCACUGAUACUGUUAAUUACUUGUCAUCGUUUACAUGCAGUUAAGUGAGCUUAAGAACAACAACGACAAGCGGUAUGAUUUGAACACCAGAAUUCACUACUGAACACGAUUGUGCACUAAUUAUUAUUAUUUUGUUAUUGUAGCAGCACCUGUAAAACGUAGAAAUGUUUCAAAGUAAAUGAAAACACAUGAAUCGGUUUGUCUU